UCACGCACGCCGAGGGCGAGAAAGCGAAGCAGCCAUCGUCCGGGGUCUUUAACCCGGGCGAGAACUCGGCUCAGUUUUCACGCUUUUAUCCUCCUGAGGCUCGAGAUUUCACGUACUCUCGGCACAUUCUUCUCGCCGUGGACGGCACCACUGCGUCCGAAGACGCCGCUCGAUGGACAUUGAAGAACGUAAUCCGCAGUGGAGAUUUGCUUCACCUACUACACGUCGCCGUCCCGCAGACGCUCGGGUUGUAUCAUCUCGGUGCUCCAGGAACGGAGUUCAUACCGACGGGAGCUGAGUACUGGGAGACGAAAAAUCAGUUCUGGGAAAUCAGCAUCACGAGAACCGAAAGGAUGCUCGAAGCGAUGUCAGAGCACAUACUUUCGGAGGAAGCGGACGGUGGGGUGAAGAUGACGCCGUUCAGACCGCCAAUCGAGCUUGAUUGCGUCAUUGAUCAGACGUGGGAACCCGUCGGUCAGGUGCUCGUCGAGAAAGCGCGCGAGUGCAAUGCUGAGAUGAUCGUUUGUGUCAAACAUCACAAGAGUUGGUUUGAGAAAGCGCUCACCGGAUCGGUGAGCGAAUACCUCAUUGAGAACUCUGCGAAACCCGUUUUGGUGUACCACGCGCCGAUGCCCACAACGACGGAUUUGGUGUUGCCGGACGAUGAAGACGACGAGGAGAUCGAGAAGACGAGAUGA